AACAAACAUCAGCAAAAUGAUACAAGCUGCGAAGAUUCUUGAGCAAAGAAGCCAUCUGGUGCCUGGGAAGCUCAGAAUCACCGAGCACUUCUUCCAAGUACCCCGUGAUUACUCCAACCCCUCAGCAGGCCACCUCCAACUCUUCGCGCGCUCAGCCCUCAAAGCGGAGAAACCAGCCGAAUAUUCACCAGACGGCGCACAAGACCCAAAGAAAACCCAACUGCCAUGGCUCGUCUACCUGCAAGGCGGUCCAGGCUUCGAAUGCCGCAGUCCUGAGAACGUAUCCUGGGUGCCGACCAUCCUCGACAAGGGAUACAGGGUCCUCAUGCUCGAUCAACGUGGCACCGGACUUUCUACUGCCAUCAGCCAAAGCUCCUUACAGCUCCGCGGCGAUGAGAAGGUCCAAGCAGACUACAUGAAGAGCUUCCGCGCUGACAGCAUCGUGAAGGAUUGUGAAGCCGUGAGGAAGGCGCUGACCGAGGACUAUCCUGAAGAUAAGAAGAAAUGGUCUCUCUUGGGACAGUCUUUCGGGGGUUUUUGCAUAACGACCUACCUCUCGUUCUUCCCAGAAGGCGUGAAGGAAGCUUUCCUCUUUGGUGGACUACCACCUUUGCGCAGCAGUCCGGAUGAAGUGUACGAGCGUUUGUACAAGCGCGUCAAGAGGCGGAACGAGCAGUACUACGAGAAGUACCCCGAGGAUAUUGACCGGGUGAAGCGCAUCAUCAAGCUCCUGUCGAGGUUUGGCGACACCACUGUCCGUGUGCAAGGUGGCGAGGGCUACUUCAGUGCACGUCGGUUUCUGCAGCUUGGCAUAUUCUUCGGCAAGCAUGGCGGCUUCGAUGAGGUGCACGCGCUCGUCUUGAGAGCGGACACCGAUCUGAGCCAGUUUGGCCACCUGACGCGGCCUACGGUUCUUGCACUCGAAGCUGCACAGUCGUGGGAUACAAACGUCAUAUAUGCGCUGUUGCACGAGCCUAUCUACUGCCAGGGCGAAGCAGCGGGUUGGUCUGCCGAACGUCUACUCGAGAAGUUCCCCGAAUUCUCGCUGCAGAAUAUUGACUCCGCGGACCCAGUUUACUUCACCGGCGAGAUGAUCUACCCGUUCAUGUUUGACUGCUACCCUGAGCUUGCGAAGUUGAAGAAGGUCGGCCAGCUGCUUGCUGAGGACAAGGACUGGCCCAAGCUGUACGAUGCUGAGCAGCUGAAGAAGAACACUGUCCCAACGUAUGCGGCCGUCUACCACGACGACAUGUACGUCGACUUCGAGCUGAGCAUGGAGACUGCGAAUACGAUCAAGGGAUGCAAGCCUUUCAUUACAAACUCCAUGUAUCACAACGCUAUUGGAGCAAAGACAGAUGAUGUACUGAAGGAGAUCUUUGCAAGGAGGGACGACGUCAUCGAUUGAAGAAGCAAUCAUUCACAACAGACCCUGCAGGUCUUCAGGUACUUCUACAGAAUAGAGUCAAUGACCUCCGAGACCCAGUCCAACUGCAC